UAGUUGACAUUUCGUAAAACUAUUCUAGUAGGUUAUUUUGCUUUUUGAUAUUGUUCAUAAUUUUAACAUAAAAUAAAAUGAACUUUGGUAAAAUUCUUCGCACAUCCAGCGUGCAUUGGCAGUUGGCACGGGAUUACGCCUUCAAAUCGGAUUUAAAAAUCAAAUGGGUACGUCCGGAAAAACUUCCCUGUACAAAGCCGGAGAAAAGUGGAGAUUUAGGAAAAUUGCCAUCAAUUAAUGAAAAAGAAUUACGAUUAGAUUUUAAAAACUCCAAAGAGCUGCAAGACGCCGACCCAGUUGUACAAUCACUCUUUCAACUUGGCAAUAACCCCUUAGCAGAAACUUCACGUUAUUUACGUGACCAGAUGAUCAAAGAAGUUCAACGACAUCCGCUUGAUUAUGGUUCUAUGGAAGCUAAAUUGGCGCGAAUGACAGUGAGAAUACGUAGUAUGCAAGAGCAACUUGAUAAAUUUCCUAGAAAUAUCAAAGUGAAGGUUACUUUAAAAGAACUAAUUGACAAGCGAAAGAAAUUUUUGAAAUAUUUACGCCGUUGGGACUAUAGAAGAUUUGAAUGGAUGUUGGAGAAGCUUGAUUUAGUUUACAAACCGCCACCAACAAAAUUCCAUUGGAUAACAAGAAAGGAAUCCCUACAAAAGCUUACUGAUGCGCAUUGUGAACAGAUCAAGGAGGAACGCCUUGCUGAAUAUCGUAAAGUGUUAAAUGAGCAGAAGAUUCCCUUUUUAGAAGACGCGAUUAAGAAAAUGGAAUUUGUACACAAAGAACAAAUUGAUUUAGAAAUACCACUCACCGUAACAGAAGAGCAAAUAGCAGACUUUAAAAGAGAACUAGAAUAUCUGAAAUCCGAACGAGAAACAAAAACGGAAGAUAGAGAAUAAUUAAAACCAAAACACAUUGUUAAAGCAUUAUAAAAUAAAUAUUCGUUAACUAAA